AUGGACCUCAAAAACAUUAGAUUAGAAGACCUCUUCACAGAAAUUAGAAGAAGAUACGAAUGCACCAAGAAGCCAUCUCAGAACAUCAUCUUAAUCGGACCACCAGGCUCUGGGAAAGGAACUUAAGCUCCUUAAAUUAAGGAGGACUUAUGUCUAUGCCAUUUGGCUACAGGAGAUAUGCUUCGAGAUGCAGUUUCCUAGGGAACUGAGUUAGGUAAAUAAGCCAAAGAAAUCAUGGACAGAGGAGAUCUAGUUUCUGAUGAAAUUGUUAUCGGAUUGAUUGACGCUGCUAUGAAUGAGCCACGUUGUGAGAGAGGUUUAUUACUUGAUGGCUUCCCUAGAACAGAAGUUCAAGCUGAAAAAUUAGAUAGUAUGCUAUUCCAUAAGGACAAGAAGAUUGACAAAGUUCUUGAAUUCAAGGUAGACGAUGAUAUUUUGAUUGAAAGAAUCGAGGGUAGAAGAGUCCAUGUUGCCAGUGGAAGAUCAUACCAUGUUAAAUUCAAUCCACCCAAGGUUGAAGGUGUUGACGAUCAAACUGGAGAACCACUUAUUUAAAGAAAAGAUGAUAAUGCUGAAGUGCUAAGAAAGAGAAUGACUGCUUAUCAUGAUCAGACAUCUCCCAUUCUUAACUACUACAGAAAUAAGAAUAUUCUUUAUACUAUCAAUGCCAUGGCCGCAAUCGAUCAAGUGCAAUAGCAAAUCCAUGAGAGCAUUUACAAUAAAAUAUUCUGA